UUAUCCUUAUUCGGAAUGGAAUCAGUGACAACCCGAUUGUCCAGCAGAGUGGGCUGGAGCGGAGUGGGCAGAGUAAACGGUGAAUCGCCAUCACCCAGGUCGGAGGAGGAGACGUCUACCGUGGCCCGGGGCAGCCCCCGGACCACCUCCCUUCCCCACCGCUCCUCAUUGCUUCACAGCUGGGAAAUUCCGGGGCUCCCAGGCCAGCGAGGCAGGACCACCCCGCUCGCCGGGCACCCUGGGUCCGGAAAUGCCAGAGCCCCAGUUCGGGAGGGGAAGGCGCGAGGUUUCCGGGAAAGCGGCAGCGCCGCCCCUCGGUCCCGGGCCAGCGGGUAUAAAGGGCCGCGCGCGCUCUGCGCCCCAGUUGCGCCGAGCCCGCGCUGCCGCCAUCCGCGCUCCGCUGGCAAUGGCUCCACUGCCCGCGCUGCUCGCCCUGCUGGGCAUCGCCCUCCCAGGGAAGCCAUCCUGCCGCGAGGAGCCUCCGUGCUGGUGAACUGCAGCUUCUCCGGCUGUGAGCAGCAGUCGGGCUGGAAGCUGGGCCUGGAGACUCAGCUGCUCAAAGUCACACUGGGCAGCGGGAGCAACUGGCAGCUGUUCGAACUGAGAGGAGUCCUGGAAGACAGCUCGCCGAUGUGCUUCCUGACCUGCCCCGACGGGGGCCAGGGGACCGCCACGGUCUCCAUCACCGUGUACAGCUUCCCGGAGCAGGUGGAGCUGCGCCCCCUGCCGCCCUGGCAGCCCGCGGGCCAGGACCUCGCCCUGCGCUGCCUCGUGGUGGGAGGGAAGCCCCGGGACCGGCUCACCGCCGUGCUGCUCCGGGGACAGGACCAGCUCAGCCGGCAGCCCGUGGUCGGGGAGCCCGCCGAGGUCACGGCCCCCGUGCGGGUGGGCAGGGCCGACCAUCUCGCCAACUUCUCGUGUCGCACGGAACUGGACCUGCGGUCCCAAGGCCUAGAGCUCUUCCUCAACACCUCGGCCGCCAGGCAGCUCCGGACGUUCGUCCUGCCAGAGACUCCCCCGCAAUUUGCCACCCCCGGGGCCCUGGAGGUCGGCACCCGCCGGCGGGUCGCCUGCUCUCUGGAUGGGCUGUUUCCCGUCUCGGAGGCCAAGGUCCACCUGGCGCUGGGGGACCGCACGCUGAACGCCACAGUCACGUACCAGAAUGACUCCCUGUCCGCCUCGGCCUGGCUGGAGGUGACCGCACAGGAGGAGGGCGACCGCCCGCUGGUGUGUGCCGUCCUGCUGGGGAACCGGAGUAGCGAGUCCCGGAGGAACCUGGCUGUCUACAGCUUUCCAGAACCCAUCCUGACACUGAACGAGACCGAGGUCUCAGAAGGGGAUCUGGUGAUGGUGACUUGUGAAGCUCACCCUGGAGCUUUCGUGACUCUGAGUGAUGCCCCAGCCGAGCCUCUGUCCCAGAAAUCGCAGUUGCUGCUGAACGCCAGCGCUGAGGAUAACGGCCGCCGCUUCUCUUGCUCCGCGGCUCUGGACGUGGCCGGGCAGUUGCUGUACAAGAACCGGACCCGGCAGCUCACCGUCCUGUAUGGCCCCCGACUAGACGAGAGCGACUGCCCGGGGAACUGGACCUUGCCAGAGGGGUCCCAGCACACCCUGCGAUGCCAGGCCUGGGGGAACCCACCCCCCCAGCUUAGGUGUCAUCGCAAGAGCGACAACUCUUCGCUGCCCAUUGGGAGCCUGAGGUCUAUCAAGCGGGAACUCGCGGGCACCUACCUGUGCCGGGCCGUGAGCCCCCGCGGGGAGGUCAGCCGGGAGGUGCUGGUGACCGUUCUCCACGACCAGGGUCACAUGAUCAUCGUCAUUGUGCUGGUAGUCGCCGGAGCGAUCGUGGGCUCUGCGGCCGUAACCGCAUACUUCUACAACCGCCAGCGGAAGAUCAGGAAAUACAAGCUGCAAAAGGCGGCCGAAGCUUUGCUGCUGAAGUCCAAGCCACAGCUGCCUGAGCCGGCUCCCUCAGCGCAGCAGCAGCAGCAGUGCUGAACGGACCCGAGGGCCGGACAUGCGCCACACAGCUCUGCGCACCCUCUCGGGUGACGGAGGACAGGAUGAUGGCCUCAGGGCGAGGAUGACAUUUGGGAUCCUGGUGUCUGCACCUAUUGGACCCCAGGGUGGUGCACCUGACCUGUAGCCCCGGGGCUGAGCAGAAAAGCGAAAGAAGACUGGAGAAUGAGGAUGGGUGUGGGGCGCACGCCUGUCGUCCCAGCAUUCUGGAGGCUGAGGCAGGAGGAUCGCCUCAAGUCUGAGGCCAGCCUAGGCUACAAAGUGAGUUCAAGACCGGCCUGAACUGCAUAGCAAGACCUGUGUCAAAACAAACAAAAAGACUUGGCAUGUCUGUGAAGGGUGUUGAAGUCUGGCCUGGACACAGGGGCAGCGACAGAGACACAAACCUUUGGCUUUGUAGACCAAGAGCCGGGAACUAUGGAGACUCACUCCCCACUGGCUGUGCCGAGGCCCCGCGGCCCGAAGGAGGAAGUUGCCUGCACACAGAUAUGGGCAGAGCUGAAAGACGAAUAGCACACUUGCUCCGGAAAUGCCAGCUCUGGUACUACUGUCUAUUGACCGUGCCCAACUCUGGCCAAUGACAUAUUUAUUACUUUUUUAAA